AUGCCGGAUCUCGGAACUUCGGGAGCGCUCCUUGUCCUGGGUUCCCUGAAGAUUGCUCUGGAGGAGCAAUUGCCGUUGCCGCGAGGCUCCGAGGACCUGCGCCUCCCCCUCGGCCACCGCUGGAAGCUCCCGUCCCUCCCUGAUGGGAAGCACGUGCACUUAUGGGCUUGGCUUCAGAUGCCCCCAGCCAGCUUCCUGGAGGCAGCCAAGAAGUGGGUUGAACCCCCGCAUGUGUCGGUCCAGCUGGGCGCUUGGAGUGGAACCCGUUCUGAAGGCUGA